UUUGUCAAAUUGUGUAUUUGACAAUGUUGACAUGUUAUUAUUUUGUUUGAUUUUCAUAUCUGACUGAGUUUUCGCAAUAUACGCAGUACGCACAUGUAAUAAAUCUUCAUUUCAACUACAAUGGCGUGCACAAGCACACUUGAUUUGGGAUAUCCGAAAGUUCUAGUGCUGGAUGGUGGUUUCUCCUCGCAACUGUCCGUCCAUGUCGGUAAGACCGCUGACGGUGACCCUCUCUGGAGCGCUCGUUAUCUACAAACACAUCCAGAAGCAGUGUACAACACACACUUAGACUUCCUGCGAGCCGGUGCCGACUGCAUUUCAACGAAUACAUAUCAAGCGUCAGUUGGUGGAUUUGUGAAACAUCUCGGCGUGACUCCUGAGCAGGGCCUCGCUCUCAUUCGAAGCGCUGUGGAACUGGCUAAACGCGCUCGCGAUACCUACCUUGAAGAAUGCCUACGAAAAGGAACGUCUACUCGCACACCUCUCGUCAUAGGCUCAGUUGGACCUUACGGAGCGCAUCUACACGAUGGGUCUGAGUACGAUGGUCACUACGCGGAUCGCACAUCCCCUGAAACCAUACGAGAGUGGCACACCCCACGUAUUAAGGCUCUAAUUGAUGCUGGAGUAGACCUCUUAGCUAUAGAGACCAUCCCUUGUCAGAUAGAAGCUGAGGUUUUGGUUGAAAUGUUGAAAGAGUAUCCAAACAUUAAAGCUUGGCUGUCCUUCAGUGUCACAGAUGAGACUAGUGUUGCUCAUGGUGAGAAUUUUCAAAUGGCAGCUAAAAAGUGUUGGGAUUUAAAUCCAAACCAAUUAGUUGCCAUCGGUGCUAACUGUUGUUCUCCAAAAUUGAUUGCCAAGUUGUUCGAGGGUAUCAAUAAUGAUAGACCGCAUGCUCCUAUUCCGUUAAUAACAUAUCCAAAUUCAGGAGAAAAGUACAAUGUACAACUAGGGUGGAUUGAAGGCGACAUAUGUGAUAGGAUUGAUUCAUUUGUGCCUGGCUGGCUGGACUUGGGAGUUAGUUAUGUGGGUGGGUGCUGCAGAACUUAUGCAGCUGAUAUUACCCAUAUACGCACCCAGAGAAUUUUCGGUUUGUCAGUGAAGAAGAAAGAAAGAGAUGAUAAGUUAAAAAAUCUAAUCAAGGAAAAUGAAAAGCUGAGGGAACAGAAUCUUAAGUUGACAUUUGAUAUGUCCAAGUUGAAGAAGGAUUUAGGAAAGCUAAAAGACGAUAAGUUCUCUGACUACAUAUCGCUGAUGCGCGAGCGGGACGCGCGCUACACGCUGUACUUCGAGAACCUGGCCCUGCAGCUGAAGCUUAAGGAGCUGGACGGCGGCGCGGGCCCCCUGGACGACGCCUACGGGGACCCCGUCGUGCUCAGGAUAGCGCUGGAUCGUUGCAGAGAGCAGCUGUCCUCGACCCAACGUGAGCUGAAGAAGAUGACGGAUGAGUACGCGGAGACGGUGCCUCGGCGAGAGCACGACAGCCUGACGGCGCAGUUCCACGACGCGACCAAACAGACGAAUGCUUUGAAAGCUGAACUGCAAACUAUUCACGACACGUAUAAACGUGUGCUGGCAUUGAAAAAGAGCGUAGAAGAGGAGCUAGUUGAAGUCAAAGAAAGAUGUAGCGAGCUGGAGCGUGCUGGCACGCCGCGCCCACAGUGGGAGCUUUGCGCCGACUUUAUCGGCGGGGGACGAGACAGGUGGUGGCAGCUGGCAAGCGGACUAUCAUCACGGGAUAUCCUUCGCGUGUUGCUGAAAGAACUAGGACCAGCAGCAGAGAGCGAACAACUGGAACACUUCGAUGGCCUUGGUAUGGACCCCAUGAUACCGCCAUACUUGCGCUACGAAGGCAAAGUCCGUAACUUGCGUCUGUCUCGGCGGGAGAUCAGCGUGAUCAUAAACGACAUCUGGCUCGGAAAACUGGAGCAUGGUCAGGGGUUUUCCAUGCAAGACUAUGUCACCAAGUAUUUUGAAGACAGGUACCAACAGCCCUCAGUCCGCGCCGAAUGGGCGUACAACCUGUGCGCCGGCGCAGAGCAGAUGCUGGACGAGCCGCAGGUCAAGCUGUUCUGGGGCGUGGUGCACGGCCACCUCAGCGAGCACAUCUACCUGAGCCACCGGCGGCAGUGGCAGGCGCUUAGGGACCACUUGUAUCGGCAGAGCAAGGAUAAGGAGACCGUAACCCUAGAGGAGUUUGAGAAAGUGUCCAAGUCGGUGUUCCCGCUGAAGAGCGACGUAGACAUCAAGAACAUGGUGGACGUGGUCCGCAAGCAACUCAAGCUCAAGAUCAACUGCAACGAGGUCAACUUGGACAAGCUGUUCCAAGAGAACGAAGAAGGCUUCGACCGCUUGGAGCUGGCACGCGAGCUGUACCGGCAACGGCAGCUGGCACAGGACAAGUACAUCCGCGAGGUGGUGGCCGAGCUGGGCGGCCGCCACGCCGCCGCCAAGCCGGUGACGACUGAACAGCUCAAGCGGGCCUUCGCCAUCGUCGACCCCGCCAUAGGUAACGUGCCCAGGAGCGAUUCUUGUUCAUAGGUAACUCGGAAUUAA